ACUCGCGCGCGCAGAGACGCGGGCCCGCCGCCCGGGGCCGCCCCCCGCCCCGCCGACAGCCACCCGCGUCCCCUGGCCGAGCCGCUCGCGCCCCGAGACGUCUUCAUCGCUGUCAAGACCACCAAAAAGUUCCACCGCGCGCGCCUCGACCUGCUGCUGGAGACCUGGAUCUCGCGCCACAAGGAGAUGACAUUCAUCUUCACUGACGGGGAAGAUGAGGCCCUGGCCAGGCACACGGGCAAUGUGGUCAUCACGAACUGCUCGGCCGCCCACAGCCGCCAGGCGCUGUCCUGCAAGAUGGCCGUGGAGUAUGACCACUUCAUCGAGUCUGGCAGGAAGUGGUUCUGCCACGUGGACGAUGACAACUACGUCAACCUGCGGGCCCUGCUGCGGCUGCUGGCCAGCUACCCGCACACGCGGGACAUCUACAUCGGCAAGCCCAGCCUGGACAGGCCCAUCCAGGCCACGGAACGGGUCAGCGAGAACAAGGUGCGUCCUGUCCACUUCUGGUUUGCCACGGGCGGCGCUGGCUUCUGUAUCAGCCGUGGGCUGGCUCUGAAGAUGAGCCCGUGGGCCAGCGGGGGCCACUUCAUGAACACUGCCGAGCGGAUCCGGCUGCCUGAUGACUGCACCAUUGGCUACAUCGUGGAGGCCCUGCUGGGCGUGCCCCUCAUCCGCAGCGGCCUCUUCCACUCCCACCUGGAGAACCUGCAGCAGGUGCUCACCUCGGAGCUCCACGAGCAGGUGACGCUGAGCUACGGUAUGUUUGAAAACAAGCGGAAUGCCGUCCAUGUGAAGGGGCCCUUUUCGGUGGAGGCCGACCCAUCUAGGUUCCGCUCCAUCCACUGCCACCUGUACCCGGACACACCCUGGUGUCCCCGCACUGCCAUCUUCUAGCAGCCAUGGCUGAGACCCAACCCCUGGGCGCCCCUGGUAUCCAAAGGGCCCAGUGACCCUGUUGUGCUGCCCUGGGAUUCGAGGCUCCCCCAGGGCCGUGCCUGUGCGUGUGUGUAUGCGCGUGUGUGUGUACUGUAUGCCCACCCGGGUGGCAGGCUGCUGGGCAGUUCUGCUCUGUGGACGGGCAGGCACAAGCGCCACUUAUGUGCCUCUACCCCGAGAGCCAGUGGGCUGCAAGGCCUGCUUGGAGGAAGGAUUUGUAUGUCGGAGGCCACUCUGAGGAGUUUUGGAUUUUUUUUUUUUUAUUGAGAUGGAGUCUCACUCUGUCACCCAGGCUGGAGUGCAGUGGCCGGAUCUCAGCUCACUGCAAGCUCCGCCUCCCGGGUUUACGCCAUU